UGUAAAUAGUGCCAAUUCGAUUAAUAAAUUUAGAAUGUCAAAAAAGCACACAUUGGUUGUAGUGUUUUCGAUUGCGUUUUUGAUUAUAUGCAGGUAUAUCAGCGCACAGACAACACAAAAUAUAAAUGUUUUGUUCGUCAACGAAGUUGGAAAUGAUUUAGCACAAGUUGCAGUUGAUGUUGCCUUGAAUUAUAUCAGAAAAAAUCCCAGCUUGGGGCUAUCUGUGGAGUUAUUGUCAGUUGAAGGAAAUCGAACAGAUAGCAAAGGAUUAUUGGAAUCAUUAUGCUUAAAAUAUGGCGAAGCUCUGACCACCAACAAACCACCUCAUGUUAUAUUAGACACUACGCUUACUGGUGUUUCUUCGGAAACUGUUAAAUCGAUAAGUUCCGCUCUUGGAAUUCCUACAGUUUCGGCAUCGUAUGGUCAAGAAGGUGAUUUAAGGCAAUGGCGAUCUUUAUCACAACUUAAAAGCAAUUAUUUGUUGCAGAUAAUGCCGCCUACAGAUAUAAUCCCUGAGGUUAUCAGAUCAAUAAUCAUAUACAUGAAUAUUACCAACGCUGCUAUUUUGUAUGAUGAUUCUUUUGUAAUGGACCAUAAAUAUAAAGCGUUGCUUCAAAAUAUACCUACUAGACAUGUUAUAACAUCUAUUGGAAAUGGCAAAGAGAGAGCAGAACAAAUUGAAAAACUGAGGAACCUUGAUAUAAACAACUUUUUCAUUCUUGGUUCAUUCACUUCCAUCAAAAAAGUCCUAGAAUCCUCAAAACGUGAGUUCUUCGAACGAAAUUUUGCGUGGCAUGCUAUUACUCAACACCAAGGAGAAUUAUCUAGUAGCAUUGAAAAUGCUACCAUCAUAUUAUUACGACCCAUGUCAGAUAGCAAGAGUAAAGACCGUUUGGGUGCAAUCAGAACUACAUACAAUAUGAAGCAGGAACCACAAAUAACGACUGUAUUCUAUUUCGACCUCGCUCUACGUACAUUCUUAGCAAUUAAAAAUAUUCUGCAAGUUGGUUCUUGGCCUCCCAACAUGAAAUAUUUAACUUGCGAUGAAUAUGAUGGGACGAACACACCAAAUCAUACGAUUGAUCUAAGAUCUGCUUUUGUUGAUGUAACAGAGCCCACUACGUAUGGCUCAUUCGAGUUUCCGAAAAGCAAUUCUCCUUUUAAUGGUCAUAGCUAUAUGAAAUUUGAUAUGGAUAUAAGUGCUGUUACAAUUCGGGGAGGAGCUUCAGUUAGCACGAAAAGUCUCGGAAAAUGGGAAGCGAGCGUCGAUAACCCAUUACAUGUUAUUAAAGAAGAUGAAAUGAGAAAUCUUACAGCGGAUACCGUGUAUCGUGUAUACACUGUUGUUCAAGAGCCCUUCAUCAUGCGAGACUCAACAGCACCGAAAGGAUUUAAAGGAUACUGUAUCGAUCUACUGGAUGAAAUUGCUAAAAUUGUAAAAUUUGAUUAUGAAAUUAGAGAAGUAGAAGAUGGAAAAUUUGGAAAUAUGAAUGACAAAGGAGAGUGGAAUGGAAUCGUGCGAAAACUAAUUGACAAGCAAGCUGAUAUCGGCUUAGGAUCUAUCUCUGUUAUGGCAGAACGUGAAACAGUAAUUGAUUUCACUGUCCCAUAUUACGACUUAGUAGGAAUUUCUAUAAUGAUGCAGCUACCAAGCACACCUAGUUCAUUAUUCAAGUUUUUAACUGUGCUCGAAACAAAUGUAUGGCUUUGCAUUCUGGCUGCAUAUUUUUUCACUAGUUUUUUGAUGUGGAUUUUUGACCGUUAUAGUCCUUAUAGUUAUCAAAACAAUCGUGAAAAAUAUGAAAAUGAUGAUGAAAAACGAGAAUUCAACAUCAAAGAAUGUCUGUGGUUUUGCAUGACAUCUCUUACACCGCAAGGAGGAGGCGAAGCUCCGAAAAAUUUGUCUGGUAGAUUAGUAGCAGCAACUUGGUGGUUAUUCGGAUUUAUAAUCAUUGCUUCUUACACUGCUAAUUUGGCUGCAUUUUUAACUGUGUCAAGAUUGGAUACACCUGUUGAAUCUUUGGACGACCUAUCAAAGCAGUAUAAAAUUUUAUAUGCACCACUCAAUGGGUCAUCUGCCAUGACUUAUUUUCAACGUAUGGCGGAUAUAGAGGCACGAUUUUACGAAAUAUGGAAAGAAAUGUCUCUUAAUGACUCUUUGACUCCUGUUGAACGUUCGAAAUUGGCCGUUUGGGAUUAUCCGGUAAGUGAUAAAUACACGAAAAUGUGGCAAGCAAUGCAAGAAGCCGGAUUACCGAAUAGUUUGGAUGAAGCAGUUGAACGAAUCAGAAAUUCUACAUCGGCAUCGGGGUUUGCGUUUUUGGGUGAUGCAACAGAUAUCAGAUACAAAGUGCUAACUAAUUGUGACUUGCAGAUGGUAGGAGAGGAGUUUUCUAGAAAACCAUACGCUAUCGCGGUGCAGCAAGGAUCUCCUUUAAAAGAUCAAUUUAACAACGCAAUUCUUAUGUUACUGAAUAAAAGACAGUUGGAAAAACUGAAGGAGCAAUGGUGGAAAAACGACGAGAUACAAGGUAAAUGUGAAAAAACAGAUGAUCAGUCUGAUGGUAUAUCUAUACAAAACAUCGGUGGAGUUUUUAUUGUUAUAUUCGUUGGCAUUGGAAUGGCAUGCGUUACAUUAAUGUUCGAGUUUUGGUACUAUAAGUAUCGGAAAAAUGUACAAAUUAUCGAUAUUGCGGGGAUUUCGGAAGAAAAAAAAGCACGAAAUUCGGAUUUGAAGCUAUCAAGCUCACAACAUCAAAUUGGAUCCAUAAUCCAAAUGAAAGACGAUCACGGUAAAAAACUAAAAAACAUUCGAACAAGAACUAAAACGAUAAACAUCAACUAUUUAAAAUCACGAUUUUGAACAAACUGUAUGUUAUGUAAAACACGUUACUGGAUCCGUACUGUUAAUAAUGAUAGUAAUGUGCUAUUGGAUGGAAA